UUAGCCCAAGAACCCAAUAAAAUACCAAGAUUUGUGCAAAAUCAGUUUAUCGCGUCAUUUAAAGAAGAACAACCAAUAGGUAAGAGUUUUGUGACGUAUAUAUUUUUCGUCUGGAAACUUUUCUUAAGCAAUCAGCAGAGUCGGUAACUGAGAUUUUUCAGACCACAGAAAACAGGCAUCAUUUUCGAGGUACAAUCCAUAUUUUCCUAAGCACUUACAACUGUUACCAUAUUUACUGUAAUACAGUUUGAAAACCCGCCUUGCAGCGUACGUCAAUAUCGCUCUACGUUAUUACUUAUGUCAAGGAUUAUUCCAUCCAGACGAAAACUCUUUCCUCUUUAAGAUUUACUUUUGCUCUAAAUCCCCAAAAUUUUAUGCUUGGAGUUAUAAUUAUGGUUUGGAUUAACAGAGUGGAAGUCCAAAUAAGUCAAUUUUAAGAGAAAUAUAAGUCCUCUUGCUAACUUGGGUCCUCUUUAUCAUUUUAUAUCAGGUACGCAGGUAACCCAGGUUUCUGCCACUGACGAGGAAAGUAAUAAUAUACUUUAUGAGAUCGAGGCUGGUGGUGCAGGGAAGUUCAACAUCAAUAGUGCUACCGGCUGGAUAACCUCUAAAGUUGUUAUUGAUAGGGAGGUAUGUAUAGCAGUUUGCGUUUCAAAGCUAAGUUACUGUAUCUUAAAGGGCCUCUGUCACGAAUCUAUCAAAAUUCUAACGAUGGCAACCGCCUCCAAAUUGGGUGAUGAAACAUAAAAUACCCCUCAAAACAUGAAAAGAAGGUAUGAAUAACACACAAAAAAUGUGAAAAAGGAGGAACAGAUGGGCAAACUUGCAGAAGACUGAAAUCCCGGGGGGUACUCAACAAAUUUUUAUACGGGGAGGCUCAGCACCGAAGUCCAACCCCUUACCCUUUUAUAUACCAUUUUUCACGAAAAAGGUACCCCUUUCGUAUACCUUCCAUUGACAAAUGGUACCCCUUUCACAUACCUUGUUUAGAACUUUGCAUUCCUUUUAACUGCUGUAAAUGCACUGUCUUUUAAAUAGGAAUCAAUCGCAAAAAUAGAACGUUUUCUCGACUUUAUAAAGCCAUAAAAUUCGUCUGUUAGCCCUUUUAGGCCCUCUCACAGACCCAAAUGACAGAUUUCCCUACUCUUUUAUACACUUCAACCAGUAAAAUCCCUACCCUUUCGUAUACCUGAGGCCUGAAAAAGGUACUCCUUUUAGGCGGAACCUCCCCGUAUAGGCCAUUAUGCAUUGGGAGUACCCCCCCCCCCCAACCCGGGACUGAAAUAGAUUGCAAUUGUGGUUUUUGAAAACUUUUCAAUAGCCUAACAGUUUUUCAAAGUUCAGUAUUGUUGUUUGUAAUGUAUGAUAUGGUUUGAUCUAAUGCUCGGGAGACAUAUUUGUUUGACUUGAAGCUGUGGUUUUCUCAUUUAAGUAAUUUCUCAAGUUCCCCAAGCGAAGAAGGUGGCGUAGUUGGCAUCAACAAAAUAAACUUUCAGCCGUGACACUUGAGCCCCUUUAAGCGGACUUAUAGUCGAGUUUUGCGUUAAAACAGUGAGUGUGUGUGUGGGCAAAACCUUCAAACUUUUUUGAAUUAUUAGUUGAAAAAAGUUUAGAAUCGAUUUUCUUAAUUAAUUCAAGAUUAAAUUAAAGAGAAAGACCAUCCUCAUUCUCAUGACUCCAUGUAAUGAUUUUCGGCGUGUUUAAACUUGGUCACGCGAACCUUUCAAUGUAUACUCAACUGGUCAUAUGUCAGACUUGAUUAGGCAUAGCAGAGAAACGUUGAUAAACUUUGCGUCUUCCUUUGAAGAAACUGAGUCAUACUAGUGUAGCCUUUCCUGCGUAAGAAGCGUUUCCGAUCAAGUUAUUGCGCGAAAGUUGACGAAUCCGUGCAGAAAGAAACGCUCCUGCGCAGGCAAACUCUAACUAACUCUAACAUGAAUUCAAUUUUUUGUGCACAGAAAGCCCAAGACCAAAGCAUCACAUUCACAGUGUAUGCUUCCGAUGAUGUUAAUGGACCCAGUGCCAGGGUAAAGUGUUUUUAGCCGUCAAAUUAGAUAUAUUAGUGACUAUCAAGACAGGAUGAUCAUUUCUUGAUUAAAUUUUAAGACAGGAUUAUCAUUUCUUAAUUGAAUUUAAGAUUGGAGCAUUAGCCACAGUCAUAAAUGCUUUAAAUUUUUAAAGCCGUCGUAAGUCUGCAAUCCAAAUAUUGUACGUCGUCUGACCAAUAAUAAUAAUAAUAAUAAUAAUAAUAACAAUUUGCGUUGUAUCAAACACUAAAUAAAACUGGUGAAUAUUCUAAGACAAACUGAGUGAUGAGAAUGGAACCUAACUCCAGUAUGAAAUCACCAUUUCCUAAAAAUGUAGUCGCAAACUAACUUUGCUAGCAUGUGUCUAAAUUUACUUCGAUCGGAUACGGUGAAACUAGACAGUCCCAAGAGCUGAUCAACCGUUGACCCUCUAAGUAUCCUCAGCCAACUGGACACACCGUCUAGAUCGAAAUCGGAGAAGACCUCUCUGAGCACCAGAUAAAAGAGCCAAGACAAACUCAACCCACAUAUGACAUUGACGCAGGCCACAUUGGUGGUCCGCGCACCUCUACUCCCUUCCCAACGUAAUAUAGUUUAUCACAAAAUGCAUUCGGUACCAUUCUGAAUGGGUGCAAAAUGCACCAUUUUCAGUUGCCCUCUUCUUUUCAGACGUCUGCGCAAGUGACGAUUACCAUUGAUGAUGUGAAUGAUAACGCUCCAGUAUUUGAGAAAGCGUCCUAUCAGGCUAGCGUUAAAGAGGUGAGUAGCAUGACUAACAUGAAGGUCUCUUUUAGACUUUCUAACUGAUUCCCUUUUAGUUGGGCGAUCGGUAAGAAGGUACACCGGUCAUCCUGUCGCUAAGUUGCCCUCAGUAAUGGAGAUUGGGUUGUCCCUAUUGAGAAGAUAGUUUCAAAGGUCUUUAUUAUUCCAUGUGAUCACCUACUUUAAGUGUCUUCAAAACACCUAAAAAGAGUAGGAAAAAUGAAGGGAACAGACUUUUUUCCUCCCAAAACCAGCAUUCAGACAAUCCUGGACAAAAGUCCUUGGGACAGUACUGCAAUAUCCAUGUUUUUCUGUCAUUUCCCGGUUUCCUCUUAAAACAGUGCAUCCUUUUCGAAAAUUUCUUGCAGUUCUCCCUCCUCCUACCCUAUACAAAAUUGAAACUCGAAAAAAAUUCUUGAUACACGUGUCUAACAUUGUUUGUGGGGUGAGGGGAGGGGUUGGACCUGUGUGAAUUGAAAAACGCCUCAGAAAUGCAAAAGUGUCCCAAGACUUUCGUCCAUGAUUGAAGUAACCCUUGUUCUCAGACUGUGCGGCUGACCCAGCUAAUAUAACACUUGACAUCAGUCAAGUCUGGGGACGGGCAACAGUGUCCUAUGGAAGGAGGACUUCAGCUUUAGAAAGGCGCGACAAACUUUUGCAGGCACUUUUUACGUUGCAUGUGAGGAUUUUGGGGGACCUUAAUAGCCGAGGGGACCUGUUCGUAAUGGAUCGUUGGGAUAUCGGCAUGAACCAUUUCUGUUUCCACGGGGCCAUUUCGUUUACGGAUGGAGGCUCAACAGUUUUGACGUUAAUUUUACCAGAGCCAGUUUUCAGAUAUGUAGAGACGAAUUUUUAGGACGAAAAUGAAGAUGGACAGAAGCCACUGAAAAUUUAAAACAAAACAUCAGAUCGCUUUGAAAAAUUCCUUUAUUGUUAAAAAAUUUACCCAGGAAAGUUAUUUACUCUUUAUGGAGUUGUCAAAACGAAAAUCUUCUGGAUAAAGAAAUGAAAUGCUUCACUCAAAGCUACAGAUGAGAAUUGCGAGAGGGUGCUACAAAAUGAUAAAUGUAAUAUUCCUGCUACUCUAAUCCUUAUAAGGCCAGCUCUACGCCUUCAUUGAGUUUGAUAAAGCCUAAAACAACUAAGGUUUAUAACGCACAAAUAAUUAAGUUUAACGUUACUUCUCGGCUGGGUGUGAUAAGGUAUUUGUGUAAUCAUGUCCACAGGACAUCAGUCCAGUCAGUGAUGUGUUGACUGUCACAGCAACUGAUGCAGACAUCUCUGAGAACAGCAGGGUUACGUACUCAAUCCAAGAAGGAAAUGUGGUAAGUAUCUACGUACGCCGAAUGAAACUGCCAAAAGGAUCUCUCAGCCACUGCGAGGUUUGCGCGUGCGGUGAAUCCUGAGACCAGUCCGCGCGAAGUAACUCGUUCAUGCAAACUGAAGAGAGAUCGAUCGACCGUGCGUAUCACACCAACAAAACAUGCUUAGUCAAACCAGUUUUAUCAAAAUGAAAAUUGAAUGAUAGGCUUAUGUACUAAGGGUUCAAGUAAGUUUUAUUUUUGUUCUUUCAUUUGUGUAAAAUUUGCAGUGGACAAAAAUCAGCUUGUUAACAGUUUCUUGGAUGAAAAGUAUUUUUUACCGCUUAAGACUGAAUAGCUACAGUAGCUUUUAAACAUGCAUACGCUUGACGUGAUUGGAGCAUAGGCCAGCCUUCCUUCACUGUUUUUGAUCAUUGGAGCAGAUCCAAAACGAAAAUAGCACGCGAUGGAUAUGCUUGUCCACAUAAAGCUUUUACUAUUCUAGAAUAAUGAUUUGACUGCAAAAAAUGUAUACAAAAUGUGCUCGUUGAAUUUACCUUCCAUAUCCUUAAUAGAGGCUUCGUUUUCUUGCUUCCGUUUUUUAUAUAAUUGGAAACUUUGCUUUGUUUGUUUUUUGUAGGGAAAUAAGUUUCAUAUUGAACUUUACUCUGGGACCGUAACUGUUAUAAGGAGUUUGGAUUACGAGUCGGUCAACAACUAUACCCUCAAAAUUAUUGCUAAGGUUAGUGCGCAGUUUCUUUAAGUUUAAACAUGUUCAUUUGUACAUCGUAUAAUAUACCUCUUCCUAAGUCUACGUAGUUUUAAUGCAGUUAGCAAAGGAUGUAGUUCAUUUAUAGUUACGAAACGUUUGAGCUUUCUUCGAGGUUUUGACGACACGAGCCACUCAAAGAAGGGGUUUGCCGGGACACUUCAAGAGAAUACAGCUAUUUCGAGAAAGGCUGUCGGAAUAAAUGUGCACUCGACAAUCCCGAAAGAUAAUAUGGGAUAUGAUCAGCACACUGUUCCUGACACUGCAUCUGUCGAGCCUACUUUUGUCGCUUUCCUUUAGCAUUCGCAAACAUACGUCCAUGGCGUCUAGCGCCAUUCUGGCAAAUUUCUUUGAAGAACAGUCAACUGGAAACCACCCACAAAACCUUUCCGGAUUUCCACGUGCCUUUUUCCAAAUAGCUGUAUACCUCUAGCGUACGCCCUUUCUUGUUUGAGUGUAGCAUGGGAACAAGUUUUAUGAACCAAUCAGAUGUCGUGUCAUUUUUGGACCAUGUUUGAAAAUUUUCUCUCAAUCGCGUAUCAUAGGCUUAGGCCUGAUAUUUCUGCUGAUGAUCAAUAGAUACAGGCUUAUUGUUACGUUUCUUUCAUUAGGAUAGUGGCCCCAAUAACGGUCUCAAUUCAUCCACAACUCUGAAUAUCCUUGUUAAAGACGCUGAUGAUCUACCAGCCGAAUUUUCACCUUCUUCAUACUCAGCAGAAGUACAGGAAAAUGCAGCGAAGGUUGUUUGUUGUUCUUAUUAAUCUAGUGUACAUACAUAAUACAACAGUUAGUUAGUGCAGAACAUAAGGAUUUGAGAUGUUGAAAAAAAUUAAAAUAUUCCAGGGAUCUGUAGCAGCUCCAGGGCAUAAAAAAUCGUUCUUCUUUGUAUCAAAUGAUGGCCAGAUUAGAGAGAUUUGCUGAGCUUUGCUUAUAAGGUGCAAUGCUAAGGCAGAGUAAGUUACAACAAUCGCAAAGAACAGAGUAGAGGAACUUUGAUUACCCACAGAGCGCCUGUUGUCUUAAAUAGGUGAUAAAGAUUACAAACUGUGUACUUUCGCAAACCUUAACUAGCCUAUGUCAUGUGCGUCAAUGUGCAAGAUUUCGCAUACCCUAUAAAUAAUGACGCUGUUACAUGGCAGCGCGGCGUUAAUUUUUGAUUCUACAGCAUUUGAAACGAAUAGACCAUUUUACAGUUGUGAGCUGAGUAUCCCAGCCUUUGGGUGAAUGUGAGGCUGAGGUUGACCUUGCUUUGAUACAAAUUUCUUUUUUUAAAAAAUACCCCUUAGGAUAAGAACAACGUCAUUUAUCUAAUAAAACAGGAAGGGUUGUAUCAAAACAAGGUCAACUCCAACCUCGGUCUUUUCCACCUGUUACUGUAAAAUUGUCUAUUGUCAAAAAUAUACUUAGACUAAAAAGCCUCAUGUGUGCUAGUCCAUUUUAUUGGGAUUACAGUUGGGCGUAUUUUCUCUCGGUACCCUCAUCCUAUUCAAAUAAUCAACACUAACCGAUCCUGCUUCACAAAGUAAUACAGCCAUAAUGAGAACUAUUCCGGUAAUGCAACCGCGAUGGGUAGCCUGUCGUUCAAGCUUUCCUCAAAUAGCGUUAGCCGAGCUAUAACCGAAGUUGUAAUUAUGGGCUGUACCCGCCUUUUAAAUUGUUGAUUACUGUGCACAGGGAACCUACGUCACCACAGUAACUGCCCGCGAUGGAGACAAGAUGCUUAAUGCUCCAGUGGAGUACUUGAUAGAUUCAGGUAUAAGUAUAACUGUGAUUCACAGUACAGCUACUGAGAUGAAUGAGACGUUGCUCGAUUUUCAUUGGCAGAAAUUGUAAGAUUCAUGCAUCGGUUCUAAAUUAUCUGAUAUCACUUGAUUGCGUUGUGUAUGCGUCUUCUUUGAUCUGUCACUGAAUUUUUCGUCUUUAGUUUGAAGGCACCUGUAUGGAGAAGAGUGCAAAAAGAGAGCAAGAUGGCCGUAAAGUAAAAUUAUACCCUCGCUGCGCUUUCUUUUGCAUAACAAUCAAAGUUUUCCUAAGAGACGUUGAAAGCAAUGCUUACGCAUUUUGUUUUUUUGUGGGGGAGGUGGAGGGGACAAACAAAAUGUAUCAUGGGCUUGUUAAAGAUUCGACUCCGUUUCAGCUGAAGGGAAAAUCAGGUACUGAUAAUUCCUGCCAUUUUCUGUCCCUUUAGAUACCAAUCCCGGAAGCGUCUUCACGAUCCUUAAUAAUUCAGGUGUGAUCACGGUCAACGGAUCUUUAGACAGGGAGACUAAAAACUCUUUCAUUUUGAGAGUUGGGGUAAGUGGAACUUUGAAUUGAAUGCGAACCAUGAGCUUUAAACAUCCGCUACUUUAGAAACAAGAAAACUGGGUCGAGUUAACUUUUGCAAAGACUUCUGGGAAUGUUACUUAGUACGGGAAAAAAUUGACCAAUAGCUGACUAGAGAGUUCCCAGUAACAAUUCCACAAACAAAUGCAGGACACACUUCAAGUCUAGUUCCGUUUAGGCCCAGUUCAAAUGUCUCGCGGCGAAUUUCACAUCAUGUGCCGAACUUAAUUCCUAUUUUAGUCGACUAAAAUAGUAGAUACGGCAUUUGAUUCAAACGUCGAAUUUAACUCUGUUCGCUGUCAAUAUUCCCAGUCUCUGUAAAUGAAUCAUAAUAAUUAACGAAAAUUCAUGCAUUAAAUUCGGCACAUGAGAAAUGCGACGUUUGAAUCAAAAGUCGAACCUAAGUCGACUGUUUCAGUCGCAGAUACGGCGAAAGUUGCAUUUAAUUCAAACAGUCGAAUUUAAUUGAUUCAAUCGUCGCACUUCACAUGCAUUUAACUCUCGCAUUAAGUUCAGCACAUUUGAAAUUCGACGUUUAAACCAUUUAAACCGUUUAAACCUCAGUAGCUCAUUUUAUCUUUUUUUCUCUCACCCAGGCUACCUCGACUACGCACAAAGCUGUCUACACCACGGUACUUAUCACAGUUAAAGAUGUCAAUGAUAAUCCGCCAACGUUUCUGGACACACCUUACACCGGAGCUGUGCUAGAAAAUGCCUCGUUAGGAAUGACUGUCAUGAGAGUCACAGCUGUAGACAAGGACGAGGUACUAUCAAUAUGAUCUAACGUUAUAGGAUAAACUGAUACGUAGGGGUUGAAGGGUGUAUGAUUUUUUGCUCUUAGAAACAAACCCUCUGACUUUUGUCUUAUUCAUUUGUAGGGUAAUAAUGCUGUGUUCUCGUACAGUCUCGAACGAGCCGGACGUAAAUUUACCGUCACUCCCACCGGAUACAUCCUCAUCAACGACAGCAUCGACCGCGAAACUGCGGACGUGCACUCUUUUCAGGUCAGUUUUUAAAAAGCCGAAGGAAGUGACUAAAGGUAAAAAAGAAGAAUUGAAAUCGCAAGAUCAAAGAGCAAGGAGGGAUGGGGGCGUGGAGCGGGAACGUUUAUGGAAGGGCAGAGCAGAUAUUGUUUGUUAUAAGCUUACGAUUCCCGCUUUCAUCGCUGCGUCAUGAUUUACACCAGAAAAAAAAAAGGCCUCCAUUUACCCCAUAAUUUAAUUCUACUUCACUUUUUGUUGUUUCUACUGGAUCAGAUCCUGUUUUUCUUUCUGGGUUCAGGGAGGUUUUUGCUAUCUACACGGCAUUUCAGUAACGUUUCUUCUUUGCUUAGCACGACUGAUGACGAAGGCAUGUCAGCACGCACUACGCACCACGCACCACGCACCACGCACGAGGAACUCUUUGUUCGCUUGUCACUCUUACUUUGAUGCUUUACUCUCAAAGGUUGUUGCCACGGAGACUCUGACGUUAGAGCGGUUUCAGGCCGUGGCUCCCGUCACUGUUAAUGUCACGGACGUGAAUGACAACAACCCGAGGUGUUCCCAGGCUGUUUACAGAAAGACAGUGCCCGAGAAUAACCCAACUAACACUUUUGUGCUACAGGUAAGAGCGUAAUGGCUAAUACGUCAUGCUUACCAUCCAACAACUGACUAAAAUCAUAAUAUGUUUGAUCAAGAGUUAUAAGAUGUAAAAUAAGUUUCUAAUCAUUCGUGCUUUUCUUGACUUGGCAGGUUGUUACAUAUGUAUAAUGCUAAGACCUUUUAAUCGAACUAUGCUUUGUGGAAAGAAUCCAGAACCACCUUUAAGUAACAAAAAGCAACAAUAACAACUGAGAUGAAAUUCUGUAGCCCUAACGGCCAAGCAUUAGCCGAGAAUAGAAGUCACUAUAUCAAGUCUUUACAUUUAACAAGAAUCUUUCCACAAAUAUUUCAGGUCUCUGUCACAGACCCUGAUCUAGGACCCAGUGGCGUUGUUCGUUACAGUCUAGUUCCAGACUCUAAUGGACAUUACAACUCCUUUACGCUCAAUCCCCUCAAUGGCACUAUCUACACCAAUGUAAGCUUUGACCGCGAGAAACUGGGCCUGUACAUCGUAACAGUACGUGCUACAGACCAACCAACCAGCGGACAAGGAAGGUAGAUACUUGCUUUUGCUUUUCAGUAUUUAGAUCUAUUCCAUAAUGACUUCCUAACUUGCGAGAAAGCUCUUAAUCCUUAUCCAUUCUUUUCCAUUUUACAGUUAUCCUUUUCGUUUCUAGCAUAAUAUAUUGAAAAAUCAGCUUAUCUUGUACGCCUUUACUUUCUUUUAGUCACUGAGCCCACUAUUGGCUUAACUGAGAAAAAAUCGAGUGAGUGUAAAUAACAAAUUAAAAACAGAAUAGUAAGCCAGAAAAAUUCGUGGUGCAUCGAGAGGAGUUUCCCGCUAAAAAACUUUUCUGAGUAUGAUUUAUUGCAUUUACAUGCAUUUAACUCCGAAUUCUUGGUGGGGGUGUGCCGUCCGGUUCUCCAAAUCCUGACCUUAUUUCACACCAAAAAAUGUCAUUUUUCACACCCGUUUUAAGAGCGGAUGUCAGUAAAUAUCGACCAGAGGUUAGACUGCAAAACAGUCCGUAUUUUUGCGUAUUCAAGUAUGCGCGAGCAGUCAAACAAAAGGUCUGGAAUGAGGCUGAAAACAGAGAGCGAGACUGGGGAGAGACGCUUUUUUCUCUCGCCUCACACGCCCUACGGGCGUGUGAGGCUCGCGCGCUUCGCGCGCGUAAGACUCUUACGCCACGCUUUACGGCUUUACUGAUUUUGAGAAAAAAACCGACUGUUUUGCAGUCUAACUAGAGGUCUACAAAAGUGAAAAAUCGAAAAUUCUCAAAAAAAUUCACAAAGUAGCACUAGGUAAGCUAUUAACAUAAAUGUAAUUUUUACUUCGAUCCGAUAAUUAUUUUCCACGUACGGGGGGGUUAUUGGUUUCGCGGCUCUCGGACCGGGUUUUCCAGGCCCGAGACCAUGUGUCACAAAAAAAUCGUUUUAAAAUUCAAAUCCACUGUAAUGUGGACAACAAAUAACUUAUUAAGAAGAGUACUUAAUUGCACACAUUCUAAGUGGUGAUUUACUCAGUUUGAACGAAACUGUAAUAUUUUGGAGAUUUUUCAUUAUUUUCAAUAUUUUGAACGUUUUCGUUCAAUGAGAAAAUGGCAAAUUUCAAAGCCCAAAAUCGUCGACUGGUACCUCGAUUUCAGUAACGAGUCUUAUAACACGUUAAAGAGCGUUAUCUCUUCUUUCAAAAACUGUUUUCAAAACUACGGGCAACUUAAAAGAAAAUGUUUGAGGCCAAAAAAUACUAGUAGUACUUUUCUGAAAUUUGAGCUUUCCAGACUCAGCGGGUCGAUGCUAAAAACUCAGAAAAAUGCAAUAAGAAAUCAGUUUGAGCAAUAGUGGUUUCAUGUUACUAGCUUUCAGAAACCAAGACGUGUUUAUACAGCGAUAUGAUAUAAAUUAAUGCCGUUUGCUAUCAAGAAAGGCAGAUUUAAGCUGUCAACUCCAGCCAAGUGCACCAGUCACGUGAAGUUGUCAAAGGGAGGGCAAAGCACUAAUAUUAAAAAGUCAAAAUUCAAAACGUUUUACGUCCAUGAAAUCAGAUUUUAGCGUACAACACAAUGUUGUGAAUGUCUGUUGUUCGUACCUUAGCAUGGUGUUUCCAUAUAUUGGAAAUGUCAAGUAUCCACACGGGAGAACAUACCAAACAACAACGUUUCAAAUCCAAGCGCCGAAAGAUCGUAAACGGCAAAGAUUGCGUUACAUUUCACAGAACGACCGCUUACAACUGUUGUCACUCCUUUUUUCGCUCGAAGCUACGAGGAGUUUUCAUUCCGUCAUGAGUGAUUCUUGAUCAGCGUUUCCUUGAAAGUACGACCGCGGACAGGUGAUAACUGAGGACGUUUCGUCAAGACUCCUGUUGUUCAGUUUCAGGCUUUAGCAGGUGCGUAGUCAGGAUUUUUCCGGGGUACGCCCCUCUCCGGGCCCCCUCCGGGCCCCCUCCCCCCCCAACCCCAAAUCUCAACAUUUUUUUAAGGUGCCUUUAUUAAAGGUGGGGUUAACGGUUGUAAGCAAAAGCAUUUUUGCUGUUUAUGAAAUGACACAACCUCUAAAAUUCUUUAAUUCUGUCGGCUUGUUAUGUUCAUUGACGUCAACCGUUUAUCAUUAAUUCAGCUAUUAAAAAUCAAGCUUGUAGUACCUCCGACUUAAGUUUACAAAUGACUCUUUUUACCCCUUUUUGUCACAUUAUUUUUGACCGACAAAGCACCACACAUUGACUUAAUUGUGCCCUACUUCGUCUACUCCGAAGACAGGUCGUGAAGAAAACAACGCGUUCACGCUUUACAUCAUCAAGCUUGCUAUAUAAAUAAAUCUUCCAAGAUUCGGUUCUCCAAUUAAUGUCGUCGCUUCUCUGGAAACCGAUUUUUUUUAGUUAUGUUUAUUUCAUUCUAUUUUUUUCCUCAACGUUUUCGGGUACGCACGUGCAAACAGUGCGUACAAGUAGCUACACCCCUGUUUAGUCUCCUUAGCCCUGAGCGUUCCUCUCUUGCGGUUUUCGGGGGAGUUCAGGAUGUGGUCCACCCAGUAUUUCACGUCUCUUUUAAAUGAGAGGCAGCACUUCUUGUUUACCGUUUCGUUAUCAGACAGCGCUUAGGCUCUUAGCCUUUCAUUUAAUUUUGAUCAAAUUUUUCUCAUUUAGUUACUCAGUAUACGUUCGAUCCUGUCCUUGUAAACUUAUACUUUUAUACUUUAAGGGAGCGUAAUACCUAUAUUAAUUUUUUCUUCGUUUAGUGUCGUCCAAAAAGACCUAGUUUUUUGGCAUUUUUUAAAAAAGCAAGAAAAAGAAACGACAAGGGUUAUUUUUUUUGGACUUAGAUUAAUUCUUUUAAUCUAAAAAAUUAGCAUUAUAACAUCAUUUCGAGGCAUAGAAUGUUCGGUGGUGUAUCCUCUUUGCUUUUUGCCCUUUUUGGGCCUUUUUAUGAAAUUGACCUUCAAAUUUUCCGCCAUAUUGAGUUUGUGUCGAUCUGGUGACCGUGUCUUGUUGUUUUCAGUCUCCACGGCAAUGAUGCUGGUGUUUCAGGCCUCCCGUUCUCAGAUUUCUUGUGAUUUUUUUUUUCACCCCACCGACCGACCCACCCAAAACCAAGAAACCUAUUCGACGCUGAACGAACGAAAAGGGGAUGACCUAAGCCUUAUGGUUUCUUACAAUACAAUACAAUAGUUUAUUGACACUCCCCUGGUUGGGCUUUUCAGUGACAAUGCGACUAAAAAAAAAAAAAAAAACUAAUUAAGAUAAGAGAAGUAGUUAACAAUUCGAUUAAAAAGAAAGAAUGCGGUGAACAAAGCAAUAUAAACAUACCUAUCUAAGAAUUAAUCGUAUAAUAAAUAUUCUCACUACGUACUAUACAAUAUGCAUAUUUUAAGUUAAAAUAAAAUAAGAUACUAGUAAGAUACUAAAAUACUAUCAUAACGUGCUAUUUAAAAAGUCAGUAAUCAACUUGUUUUUCAGACAAAAUUUAAAAGUAGAAAUCGAUUUUGCAGUUUUAAGAGUACUGUCUAGAUUGUUCCAAAUGUGCACCAUGCGGUAGUGGAAUGUUCUCUGUCCGGUACUCGACUUAUACAAGGGGAUGUUUAAUAAUUGGCAACUUCGAGUCACGCGCCCGGUGACCGCAAUUCUUGUUGUAAAUUGAUCGCUGAGGUAAUGUGGAGCUUGACCAGUCAUGCAUUUAAAUGCCAUGAGAGCAUCGCGGAAGAACAGCUUUUGUUUAAUUGGAAACCAACGUAGAUCUCUUAGUGCGGGGGUUAUAUGAUCAAAUUUCCUGGUACCUGUAAUAAUGCGCGCGGCAAAGUUCUGCACUGACUGUAGUCUACAGAUAUUUUUGUUCGAGGUGUUCGACCACACUGUGGAACAGUACAGUAAUUUGCUAAAGACUAGUGCAUUUAUUACUGUCACCAGUUGGUUACGGUCAAGGACAUGUUUAACCCGACUGAUUUGUGCGAGGCUUGACAUACAAGAUGACGUAGUUUUUAGAACAUGGUCAUCAAACGUUAGUUGCGGAUCUAAAACAACCCCAAGAUCUUUGGCCGAAGAUUUAAGAGCGAGAUCUUUUCCUAGAAGAGAUAUUUUGAAGUCGGGGAGUUUGGCAAGUAGUUGUCGGCUUCCAAAGACUACGAGUUUUGUUUUGUCAGGAUUUAAAAGUAGAAAAUUGUUAAAACACCAAUUACGUAUGAAAAGAAGGUCGCUAUUUAGAUCGUUCAUAGCAGUCGGACAAUCACGCAUCUUAAAAGAAAUCUGAAGUUUAGUGUCAUCUACGUAACAUUGCGUUAAACAGUUUCUAGGAACAGAAGGUAAGUCGUUAAUGUAAAUACUAAAAAGAAGCGGCCCAAGAAUGCUUCCUUGAGGGACACCACUAUUUAAACGCAACGAAUUCGAGAGGGUCGAGUUAAUACGCACGACUUGGUGUCUGUAGGUCAGGUAGCUAGUAAACCACGCGAGAGCGUAUUUAGAAAUACCGAGAUGUUGUAGUUUUAAAAGGAGAAUAUCAUGAUUUAUACUGUCAAAUGCCUUACUCAUGUCCAACAAAACCAUAGCAGAGAGUUCCUGCUUAUCCAUGCCAGUCAAAAUGGCAUCUGUGGAGCGGAUAAGUGCCGUUUCUGUGGAAUAAAAUUUCUUAUUUCCACUUUGUUUCGCAGAAAGACGGUUGUUUGUUGUUAAAUAUGCCGUCAGCUGGCUCAACGCAAUUCUUUCACACACCUUUGACAAUACUGGUAAUAACGAGAUCGGUCUGUUAUUACAAGGUUGUUCAUGAUCUCCCUCCUUUGGAAUAGGCGUUACUUCUGCUUGUUUCCAUCCUCCAGGGAAAACGCCAUUUUUGGGCUUCACCACAUUGCUUCUGCGUCUUUCUGUAUACUUGUCUUUUGCUUUGUUUUGUUUUUUUUUGUCGGUAAAAUAAACUGAAACUGUACAAAGACCCUCAUUAUUCCCUUUGGAGGUUCACAACGCGCAUAAAAAAAAUGAAAAACGCGAUGAUUUAUUGACCGCAAGGGCAAUGGGGUGGGGUCGGGGCUUGUUACUGCGCUCCGGUUCACUCGUACGCUGUCAAAUGGUCCCGAAAUACAAAAUGAAAAAUGACUGUGGACAGACUAUUCACGUCUAGACAUCAAGCAUCUUUUAAGAUGGGACUUAUCGCCUCUCCCUGUUCAUGGAGUUGAUUCAAGGUGUUGACGUUAAUUUCGUGAUGCCCUGCAUGUUGCCAGGACAUGUUUCAAAAGGGCCUUUCCAAAGGUACGGAGUCCGCCGUCACCUUGUCAACCGUGCGAGAAAUGAUGUACUUCACAAAAACAAAGAGAAGUUAUUUUCGAUUUGCCCCGCCCCCUACCGGCCCCGAAAGUCCCCGACAGGACCGCUUCAAAGUACUCCCCAUGUGGUUGCGUGGGAGAUAGUAACAGGUCUACCUAAUUGCACCGUGCAUCAAUGACAGUUUAGCUCAAUCAGAAGCCCCUUUUCCCUGGCUAGUUCAAGAUGUGUGCAUCUCCUUUAAGAUGUUGUUUUCGGUUCUUACUGAAAUUUUUGAUCUUGAGGAAAUUCAAAACGACAGGAGCAGGUUAUGGGCUUUUUUCCUAGCCCUAAUCCUACAUCACGGGAAAUCCCUCAGGUUAGGCAAGAAUUCGAUAAUCCUUCCACAAUCAUCCAUUUUUUCACCGCGUGAAUUGGGUAUUUUUAGCUUAUUUCGAGGAAAUACUUUUUGCUUCAAAUCCAGGGUGGGCUUUUAAACACAUUUUUUAAGCCAAAUGGUUUUUGCGAGAAUUUGCUUACCCGAACUUUUCGCAUAAAAAACGACAAAUACCCGAAAAAAGCUCAUGUUGUUGGUGGUGGUGGCAUAUUUCCGAUAAAUUCAGCUCAAUGUCUCGUGAAGAAGACGGUUCAGAUCCGUGCCGCGCGCCUCUCGAGGCAAGCGUUCCGUCGAAAUGCGAGCCCAAAAACAGGUGGUAAGCGGUCAAUCUGUGAAAAGUAACGCAAUCUCCGUCGUUUGAGAGAAGCCGAAGAUGCUCUUGCCGAUGCUGUCCUUGAUGUUUUUUAUUUCCAGUAUCUAGGAAACCCAUGCUAAGGUAUGAAACAUACACUCGUAGGCAUUGUUCUGUCCGCUAAAGUAUAAUUCCUGGACGCAGAAACGUUGUGCUUUUUGAAGUUUAUUAUUGUGCUUUGCCCUUUGACAACCUUACGUCACUCGUGCGUUUGGUAGGAGAAGAUGGCUAAACUCUGCUUUUCUUGUUGGAACACGGCUUUAAAUUUUAUCAGAUCGCUCGAUAAACACGUGUUGGUUUCUGACAGCUGAUAACGUUAAAUCACUGUUGCUCAAACUGAUUUCUUAUUGCAUUUUUCUGAGUUUUUAGCAUCGACCCGCUGAGUCUGGAAAGCUCAAAUUUCAGAAAAGUACUACUAGUAUUUUUUGGCCUCAAACAUUUUCUUUUAAGUUGCCCGUAGUUUUGAAAACAGAUUUUGAAAGAAGAGAUAACGCUCUUUAACGUGGUAUAAGACUCGUUACUGAAAUCGAGGUACCAGUCGACGAUUUUGGGCUUUGAAAUUUGCCAUUUUUUCAUUGAACGAAAACGUUCAAAAUAUUGAAAAUAAUGAAAAAUCUCCAAAAUAUUACAGUUUCGUUCAAACUGAGUAAAUCACCACUUAGAAUGUGUGCAAUUAAGUACUCUUCUUAAUAAGUUAUUUGUUGUCCACAUUACAAUGGAUUUGAAUUUUAAAACGAUUUUUUUGUGACACAUGGUCUCGGGCCUGGAAAACCCGGUCCGAGAGCCGUGAAACCAAUAACCCCCCCGUACGUGGAAAAUAAUUAUCGGAUCGAAGUAAAAAUUACAUUUAUGUUAAUAGCUUACCUAGGGCUACUUUGUGAAUUUUUUUGAGAAUUUUCGAUUUUUCACUUUUGUAGACCUCUGGUCGAUAUAGAGCUGGCCUCUAAAAUCCAUACCCAUUCUCAGACCUUGCCUUCAAGAAUUUAUGCCAUCAUCUCUUAGAUUAGAACUGCAACUAAAAAGAGCCAGCGGUAGAGCGGGCGCUCCAGCCCGGCUAACCAGGCUAGUUCAUCUCAUAUAAACAUCUAAACAGGCCCUUAACAUAGGAAUUCUUUUUCUGAUUGGUGGUUACGAAAAAACGACAGCUAGGGCCAUUUUAGAGCAACAAAGUUAUAUUUUGAGGUUGAAAUUUCGUUCCCCUUAAUCCGACACAGUCUCAUAUUAAUUUCGAGGAUUUAAUAAAGUUAUUAAUUAAACUAAAGGGAACAACAAUCCUGAACAAUCGAUUGCUCAUUUUUGCUAUCGAUCUUCGCUGUGUUUCAAAGUCCGCUGUGCAAAGUCUCGUAAAUCAAACCUUCCUUACAAACUUCUGGAUACCGCAACAAACUCAGGUAAAUCGAUAGACUUUUAAUGACUAUAAAACACGUGCUUAAAGUCCUUACAGGCUUUUGCCGCGAGACACGUAACCUGCGAUCUUUGGGAUAAUUGAGAGGAUCGGGGGUUAGGAUCAGUCAUAACUAUGGAUCGCUGAUGGUAAACCUGUAAAACUCCCAGGAAACUUUGAAUUUCUUUAAUGAAUUUUUAUAGCGAUAACUUUGCAUUCGCCAUGAGCUGCGAGGAACAAGAACCACUAGCAACGAUGCUCUCACUGGAUAGCAGUGAUUGUAUGCUACGCACUCAGACGGCAAUUGACCCCCGAGGGGAUCUAACCAUUAUGAACAAUUUCGAAGCUAUAAUUUUCUCUAUUAAAUUAACUUUAUAGAUUCGGCGAAUGUACCAUUCAAGUCACUGUUGGUGAUGACAAUGAUAACAGCCCCAACUUCUUAAACCUACCAAAUGAUACAAGCGUGUCUGAGGGAGCGGAAACCAACAGCGCCUUCUUCACUGUCAAGGUAAGAGUUUUGUCAUUGUAGAAGCAACUCAGAUUCCACCUAGCGUACUACUUGUUGGUGAUUCGUUGAAAACUGUAUUUAUUGCUAACCUGAUAAUAUAGGAAGAAGGGAAAGCUAGAAAGCGUGAGAAGAUGGGGAGGGAGGAAGGAAGGAUGAGAGGCGGAGAGGCACGCUCUCCCAGGGACCCGUUAACAUGCUUAUUCGUCGCCUGCUCACUUAGCCUAAACGGGAAGGGGGCUUCCCCCCUUUAGUCUCCCCUCGUUUUUUAUUUCUUCGUGAAUUUUUCUUCCCGCGCUCUACUAUCUGAACGCCUGCUCACUCCAAGCAGAGGUUCUCUUGGCUUGUCACGCAAUCCUCCCCAACGUGGCAUAGGAAACGCGUUACUAAGCUUUAACAACGCCUGCACAUUUAAGACUAAAAGAGCCAUAUAAACGACCGUCAAAGUAAACUAACUUGCAAAACAGCAUUACCCGAUCGCAUUCCGCCAGUGAUUAGAAUGGAGAAGUUUUUCAUGUAGCCAACUUGGUACAUAACGGGAAGUGGAAAUAUAGGCUCAACCACAGCACUGGUUGUGCGCACUGAGUUAAUACAAUUCAUAUACAUUUGCUAAUAUCUCCCUAUCCCUUUCACAGAUGCUUUUCUUAGACAAUUUGGCGAACACGCAAUAGCGAGCGCGGAGUGCGAAUAAUUUUCGCCUUUCCCCACACCCCCUGGCGCUUGCGGUCAAUAAUCGUUUGACUGUUUUAUUUUCAUAUGCGCGCACGACGAUCUCUAAAGAUAAAAUGGAGGGUCUGUGAACAGGCCAGACUAAAGAGGGUCUAUGGGAUCAGGGAAAUUGAUGUAACCUCACCUUGGUUUUUAAUUUUUGUCUCACUCUUUCGUUUCUAUCUUAAGGCCGUGGAUGCCGAUGAAGGUGUGAAUGCCGCAGUGAGUUACAGUAUUACAGGUGGAAACACAAAUGGAUCAUUCACUAUAGACACAAACAGGUACCACACUAUGCAAGAAAGGUAACAUGUCAUAUGAGGUGGCACCUGAGACUUCACAGGGUCUAGAAGAAUUUAGUUUCUCGUGUGAACAUAAAAAAAUCAGUUUUUAAAGAACUUUAAUUUGACAAUGAUCACUUUUUCCUCGUGUAACAGCUGGUUUCGUUACGCAGGCCUAAGGACUGACGACUUUUAAGAUGCGAAGAUCAGGUUGCAGUGAAUGAUUAUUUAUACUUAGUACUUCGUGCCUUGCUGGAUGAAAAUGGUUAGUGGUUACAGACUUUAAUUCAGAACGUCGAUUUUUAUACGGCGUCGAUUGGGAAACGGAGGCGGAAAUCUAUUCAAAAUGAAUCUUUAAAGACUUAUGAAUUACGAAGCGAUGAGGUUAUAUAUUUUAAAGGCAAAAUGUUGGAAAUUUAAAGUAGUUCAUGUCAGUACAUGUUCAAACUUAGCUUCUCUGGACCCUGUGGGUUGAUGCUGUGUCGAGUUGCAUAGUGGGGCCGUUUUAGGAGAUGAAAAAAUUUGACCCAGUUCCCUGCGACAACUCGCAAAACCGCGCCCAUGCAAAACUGUCCCAUAAUUCCAUUUGACUCGACCGACAUGUAGUGUCACUUACAGCCUCAUAAUGGCAAUACAGGUUGUAUAAGUAUAAAUUUGUGUUUUUUGUUAAACAAUGAAAAUGGAAGCGAUGGAAAAUGUUCGCAGUGCGCACGUUUUUGACUUAACAUUAUUAAAAGUUAAAGGAAUUUUAUUCGGUGUUUGGGAUUUAUUGCAAAAUUCAUUCGUUUCGGGAAAUAUUUAUAGGUUAAGGAAAAAUAUCAUAAAAAGCAAUUUGACUCAUUUUACUUGGUGUUAACUCCUACGCAUCAGCACUGAUUAAACGACAUCCUCUCCCGAAAUGAGAAAAUGAUUUCUGUUGAUUCACCCUCUCUUUGGUAUUGUUGAAGGAAAAUGUUGAUUGAAGAGUUACGUUAGCCACUUGUUCCACCUGUAAUAAGCCUGUUUCAGUUUAAUUCGUUUCACGUUAUCUAUAAAAAAAACCAAUUCAGCAUUUGUUUCCUAUUUGGGAAUCACUCUGGUACUUUUGACAAUCCGCAAUUUCAAUGCAAAUUUCCGUCUUUGUUUUUGUUUCCAAUUAUUUAUACUGCGUUUUCCUUUGUUCUAGAUCGCCUAUCAUCUCUCUGCAUGGAUUUUCAUCAAUCUCGUCCGAUAUUACAAUUAGCUGAGUCUUCACACAAAACCCAUAUAGUUUGAGUUCCAGCCCAUGCGUUUUCACGAUUAGUUUCACCCUCCUUACUCUCCUUUUGCAGUCCGUUUUAAGUAGCGUUUCGGAAUAGGCAUGACACUAAUUUUACAACCUCAUCUUGCAGUCACUGCGGGUCUGAGCAUUCCGUACAACAGUUUUGUUUGCCUUCUGAUUAUUCACCCGCAGAAGUCAAUUUCUUAUUCGAUUUUCUGGAGCGUACACCUCAGGCAACAUUUGCACCUGACUUAUUUCUAUCAGUAAUUCGCUUAUGUGAUUAUUUGUUAAUUCCUCAUCAUGUUAUUUUCGAUCUAAUCCAGCUGUAUAUUCCUCGGCAUUUACGCGUUCGUUCUCAAUUUACAUGGUCUGUAAGGAGGUUUAGAAAGUGCAAGAUCUUCUUCGGGUCAACGCCCGAACAAGGUGCGGCUUGAACGCGCUGGUUCUUCUCUGCUGGGAGUUAAAACGGUGGGCUUACGGCACUCCUGCUUCGUACAGAUGUUCUUUAAGCCUGUGGAUAAUCAGGACUAAUGGCAGGCUGUUAGGUCGACGAAGAGGUCCGUUGGGCCUUUGCGGAGUACCACGACCACGACCACGACCAGACAUAAAAUGGUACGGGAAGAAAGCGGAUUUCUCCACCACUUUGUUGAAGAACCUUACCGGGGGUACUAGCAGGUUCUAACAACAAACAGACGAGUUCUUGUUCAAUCGACUCUCUUUAAUUCUUGAAUAGGGUGACACAAAGUCAGCACAACUCGUAUGUUACAAUUCUCUACUAGAUCAGUGUUACACGCAUUUUUAUAUCAGCCAGGAAACCAGCUGCUUAGCGCAAACCGAAUGCUGACGUAAGUCUAAUCCGAUUGGUUAAAACAGCUUCAUUAGCAUGAAACCUUCGAGAUAAUUGCUUUGUCGAAAUGACUCUUCAACCGAAGUUUUCACUGCUAAGCUUAAGUCAACUGUUUAAUAUAAAACUAGGAGAACAAUAUAAAAACGACAAGGUAUAUACCAGAAAACAGACUUUUCAUACUAACAGAUAGGAAAGUACUAAAAUUACAGUUUGAAAAUCCAAGAUUGUUGUCAAUUUACAGAAGGUGUUAAGCUUCUUCAUCGAAGAUGAUUGGCUACAACUUUUCCAUAAUUUAACCACGAACGUGAUCGCAAACUUAAAGGGUAAAUUAAAAAUGCAGUUCAAAGUACAAGGCAGAAUUUAAAACAAUAGUUGUUUAACUACAAAAACACCUAUAAAAUCACUAAGCCUAAUUAAAGUUAUCCACUGCCAAGAAUUCGGUUAAAAACUCAAAGAAACACGCUUAAAACUGUUAAAAACAAGCAGGGUAGUCAGUUCCUGGUAAAUAUCGAAGGGAGACCAGAUUAAGGUAAAAAAUGUCAAACUAGAGAAAAUACUUAAUAUAAACAAGGCCUUGUCAUCUGCCAAAGGCUCUAAUUAAACAUAUCUCAUGAACAGAAGUGUUACCGCGGAGAUGCACCAAAUUGGUACAUCUCCUUUGUACCGAAUUCAUGUCAGGAGAAACUUUCCAUCGAUCAUCAAUUAACUUAGAAAACCAAUCCUACUAGUAGUGAAGUACCUUACUCAAACCAAUCAACAAGAACGCUUACAACAACUCCACUACAAACAUAUAUUGUAACAAUUGUCACAAGUGGCUAACGUAACUCUUCAAUCAACAUUUUCCUUCAACAAGACCAAAGAGAAUGAAUCAACAGAAAUCAUUUUCUCAUUUCGGGAGAGGAUGUCGUUUAAUCAGUGCUGAUGCGUAGGAGUUAACACCAAGUAAAAUGAGUCAAAUUGCUUUUUAUGAUAUUUUCCCUUAACCUAUAAAUAUUUCCCGAAACGAAUGAAUUUUGCAAUAAAUCCCAAACACCGAAUAAAAUUUCUUUAAUAAUGUUAAGUCAAAAACGUGCGCACUGCGAACAUUUUCCAUCGCUUCCAUUUUUAUUGUUUAACAUUUUUUUUUUUUCGGUUUUAAUGAUCACCUUCUUAUAACAGUCUACCUUUACACAAAAUUGAUUUAUACACUAUGAAGUUCAAUCUUUGGAAUCGAUAAAAUUACGGUUUUCACCUACCUAUACAUUUAUGGAAAAGGUAAAACCAGUAAAGAAAAUGACCAAUCAUUUACCGUAUAACUUGAAUCAAAGGGCGUUGCUCAUUUAGAAAUAUUUUUUAGACCUAUUUUGGCGAAUUUUGUAGGAUGAACCUAUCCCUCUCUCUGAAUUCUUUUCCAGUGGCAGACUCUCAACUGCUCGAAAGAUAGACCGAGAGGCUACUGCCCAGUUUUCUCUACAAAUUACGGCUACAGACGGAAAAGGAAAGGUCAGUUAAAGUUCAUCUCGGUUUUAAGGGUCAGUACUAAAGCUACUGCAAUAUACAUUAGUCAUACCAGCUAGAAAGGGUCUGGAUUGGGGUGACCAACUUGCCCAGUCACUGAAAGGGUCAAAUAUGUAAAUGGCGACAUGUGCUGCUGUUCUUAGUUUUGCAUCUGUUAAGAAGAUACGCUAACAAUGUUACCACUCAAUCGAGGCUCUUCAGGUGUAUUUUCUUUCCGAUCACCAGGUAGCAUUAUUGUUUCUCAUCGUCACUCAGCAAUUUGAUUAGAUUUUUUUUUCAGACAUAGGCAUAAAAAAGCUUAGCAACAGCGCCAUUUCUCAUGAAUAGAGUCGAACCCGUUCCGGACGGGAUUUUGACAUGAGAAGAAAUGCAAGAAUAUAGAAGUAACUGGUAGUAAUACUAAAAUUGUUCAAAUCAUAUCUUUUGUUUUUACAGGCAACAACAGGCAAUCUUCUCGUGCAUAUUACUGACGUCAACGACAACACACCUACUUUCACCGAACCCUUAGGGUACAACUUUACGGUGAACGAAGGACAAGCCGGUCUCAUUGUUGGAGUGGUCACGGUAAAGCUUGUCUCCCUAUAUCCUGCUUUGCUGGCGUAAUUCAUCAAACAAGGAGCUUAAUUUCAUGGGUGCUUUUGUUAUCUUCGUUUAGGCCUUUUAAGCCGAGAGAAGAAUGGCGAAGAGUCAACUUGAGACUUUCCUUCGGGGCUUCUCGCGGCAGCUGCAUCGCCAUAAAGCACUCUCAAACUCUGAUCUCGCCAGCUUUGCAGCUAAUUUUCAUAGCAUGCAAAAGUCAUUUGCUCAUGCAGUUGUUCGUUUCCAUGCCUUUGUAACCGUCUUUCCUAGGCAGCUCCUCAUGUCUAGUCAUGAUUUAUUGAGUAAUUCUACAGCGUAUUUUGAUGUUCAGAGGCCUUGUCCUCAAUUUACUAGCUUAUUUUAAAGUAAUUCAAGCAGCCUACUGGCAGAGGACCACUUUCAGUCGUAUUUAUACGACGUCACAACUUUCGUAUCCCUUCCACAGGCAGUCGACAAGGACGACGGAAUCAACGGAGAAAUAGCUUAUAGCCUGAAGCCUGUAGAAGACUAUAUGAAGUAAGUGAGACAGAUUUUGUUGGAAAUUGUAGCUGUUACGCUGUUACAUCACAUGAGAUAAAAAAAAUCCAUGUUAACCUUUAUAGAAGGCAAUUGUAUUGUUAGUGGAGAUUCUUGCUCUUUCUAUGGUACUGACACGCCAUGCUAUGACGGACAUACUACUUGUUCUUUGCUGUUCCUUCUGAUCCUCGUAUGUAAGCGAAGGUUCAAUUCAUGGCAGUUGGGGCUAGGUGUUUGGAGAGAAUAAUGUACUCUGGUUGACUGGUUCUCUCCAUGUCUUGGCAUAAAUUAAAAAUACCCUGUAGAGAGGUCUUGUAGAAAAUUAAACAACAAAAUUGAACUCUUAAAUUGCAAAUCCUCACGCGAUCUCAACUGCUUGCUUGGCUUUCAAGAACACUCGCUUUUCGCGCCCAUUGACACUUUGCUAGUUCCCUCGUUACUCAUCAUUGUAAUUAAAAAUACGGGUCUGUUACAAUUACAUUUUCGUAAUCAAUUGUUUCUUGCUCAGAUUUACCAUCCAUGUAUCAACUGGUGAAAUAAAGACAGCCGUUGCACUGGAUCGUGAAACUAUUAAUCAACACGAUAUUAGGAUUCUUUCAAGAGACCAAGGAUCCCCUUACCACCAGGCUGAGGUCCGCGUAGUAAUAAAUGUCUCUGACAUUAACGAUCACCGGCCCGCAUUCAGUCAGAGGCAUUACUUUGUAGAAGUUAAGGAACAGCAACCCGCCCAUAUUAUAUUAAACCUAACGGUAAGACCAGCAUUCGUGUCUCCUUGUCGUUUACUGAGCAAUGAACUGAGUGCGGAAAAUGGACGGCAAUAAAGCGUUGAAGCAAUUACACGUAGUUGCGGCUGACUUACCAACAGGACGGGAACGUCAGAUGACGACGGCGCGCGCAAAUUUAACAUCUGACUUGACCAAUGGCAGAGCGGCAAAUUGGGUACCGGAAGUCGUGUUUAGUCCUUUCCGCGCGCUUUCUCGUCGUCAACCGAAGUUCCCGUCCCGUUGCUAAAUCAGCCUAUUAAUAGCAAGAAAACGCGCUCAUGCAAUCAAUCAAUAAUUAAAAACACAGGAAGGUCUUGACACUUAAGGCUAAGCAAAAGCUAUUGACUAUCGACACUCGCCUAAAACUGCUCUAUAAUUCGGUCUUUCACUCUCUUAUUCCUCCUGCAUACUCUAGUCUCCAGGUGAAGACUCAAGACUCAAGACAAAUUAAGACUCCAGACUUUCAAGUGCAUGGGAUCGCGCCCUGGUCUCUCGCCCCCUGCUCUUUCCAAAAACAGGUUUUUGCAAAAACACAUGGUCUUUAUAGUGUUUACUGCGUCCUUUUUGGGAAGUAUAGUCAAUAUUCCUUGGUACUUCCUGUUUAAGAAACAGUGUUAAUCAAGCUCCUGUGCGAGUUCAUUUUUUGAUUUUUUACAAAGAAAUUAGAUUUAUUAUUAGUCACAAUAGAGAAAACUUCUCUUACCUUUUCAAUUUUUAUUAAGCUUACUAUAACUGAAAAAUAGUUUUGUUAGUCAAAUGUUUGCAAUUUUUUUGUUUAAUUAUAUUUUUAACUCCUUCCUCAGGCAACCGAUGGAGACAUUGGCAUAAACGCAGCCUUUUUCUAUGCAAUAUUAUCUGGAAACUCUGAUAAUAGUUUCAUUAUUGACUCUGUAAGUGGUGCGCUGUCUACUACUGGAUCUUUAGACAGAGAAAAACAUGACUCCCACAUCCUGCUGAUCCGUGUAUCCGAUCUCCGUGGUAACCAUAGUUAUGGUGUAGUGUUUGACGACACCACAGUAGUGGAAGUGCUUGUCGAGGUGAGUCACAGUCCUCCUAGUAACGGCUGGACUUAUUAGCAGGGAAGAAAAGGUUUGUAGCCUUUUACUGUGUUGAUCUUUGACCUUUUAGGAGAGAAAUAUCUCUUAUGUGUGGCACUUACUCUAUGCAACCCUUACGAAGAAGGCAUUUAAUUUUAGUGCCAUUUCCUGAACGUAACCAUCACCUAUUUUUUCCAAGGAAAGAUGGAUCAUGAGAUGUUUCUAGGAAACUGCCCACCUACCCCUCCCCUAAGCCAACAUUAACACUUACUUUUCACUUAGGGCAAAAUCUUGGCUUUGGGGAGGGGUAGGUGGGCAGUUUCCCAGAAACGUAUAAUGAUUGGUAGCAAUUUGAUACAGUUCUCCAUCGCAGAAAAUAUUGUCAACAGUCUUCCGAUACCUUAUAACUAUUUACGAGAACUGAUAGCAUAAUUGAUUCAGGAGGAUCCCUACCCCAGGCUAUGCAAGUAAAGUAUAUUUUGUGACCUAAUUUCGAAUAAUCACUGCUCUUGAACCAGCUAAACUGUGCUUCCACGAGCGAUCACGUUCUUCUUGAGCGUCGAGGUUUUUGUGUUUGUUUUAGAGAUGCAUAGGGCAUAUGAUUUUUAUGUUACGUCCAACGUUUCUGAUGGGGUUGUACCUAUUUUUUUCAACGCAACCGUCAGUCAAGAAAACUGUUCAAAUCAAGGAAUGGGUGCCGUAUGCCAUCAGAGAGAAUUUGAUCUCCCGGAAGUAAGAUAUAAAAGGGCUGCCCAGCCUUUCUGCAUGGGAGUUAUAAGUAUAUUAUUGACCCAAAAAGAACGGAGUCGCCCUCAUUCGACUGAAGAGGAGUUAAAAUAUUUGUAACGGUUAGAAAUAAACUUGACAUGGUGUGAAUUUGAAACAGACAUCCUUGUUUAACACUGUUAUUUACUACAUUUGUGAACAGGACGCAAAUGACAACAGUCCGUUGUUCAACAAGUCUGUUUAUCCAAUCCAAAUAUUUGAAAAUAUCACUACCGGCACUGCUAUACUACAGCUCUCUGCGAGGGAUGAAGAUCUUAGCAUUAACACGAAAAUGCGGUAUCACAUUGUCAGUGGUAAUUCGCUUGAGAGGUUCUUCAUUGAUGUCUUCAGUGGAGUUCUGUAUGUAAAGAGUCCCAUUGACAGAGACCCUCCAAGAAACGAAGACUCCUUUUUGUUGACGGUAAUUUGUUUGUGUCUUGAAGUCAAUCACAGAGGAAACUUAAGUGCUUUUGAAAUGAUAAUUGUAUGAAUUUCAUAUAUUAUUUGAGCCACGGAAAGAAAAACUAAUUAUACAGGGAAGAUCAGUUGAAAAGGCAACUUAUAAUAUGCAGUUGCGAAAAGAAAGCAUGAAAAAUUCAGGCUUGUUUGGAUUCAAAUCCUGACCUCUGCGAUACCGGUGCAUUGCUCUAACCAAUUGAGCUACGUAAGCCUAGCAAGCCAACGUACUGCGUAGGAGCUGGGACCCGUUUCUCGAAAGUCCCAAUAAUUAAUGUGUGUUUUCGGGCCCGAAAAGUUACGUGGACUUUCGAGAAACGGCCCUGGUUAUUAAACUGGUUUUGUUAUUUACCCAGGAAAUAUGAAGAUGAAAUGAUGAAUGUAUAAAUUUCAUAUAUUUGAACCGCGGAAUGAAGAAAUACAUGCAGACAAGAUCAUCGCAGUUGAAGACGCAGCUUAUGCAGCUGCAAAAAGAAAGCCUGAAAAAUUCAGGCUUGCCGGGAUUCAAACCUUGACCAAUGUGAUACCGGUAGAGCGCUCUAACCAAUUGAGCUAGCUAAGAAGCUAACUGAUAUUAACUAAUUUAUUGACUCGAGUGAUGCUUAAGAAGCUGAAAUCUGGUUUAGGCCCUUUUUCUGUUCUUGUCAGCGUCUAUUUUAAAACGACUGAAGUCAGAUAAGGACCUCAGGAAGUUGUUUGCUGUUUGUAUGACGCCAGAUUGUCAGAAAAUGUUUCAGUAAUAGACGUUUUGUUUUCAAUUCUUUAGGUUAUGGCAAAAGAUGAAGAUCAAGGUUUUUUAAACUCCACCACCAGGGUAAGUGUCUUGCCUUCCUUAUUUUCUGGUUAACAGAUUUCAAACUCUACUUUUCUGUUUUCUGUUCCUUAUACAAUGACAAAGACUGAGGGCGAAAUAAAAAGACAAAGAAAUAAAUUACAGCAAAAACCUAAAUCGUUGUAAAAAGAUCCCAGAGUGAAUAAGUACGUUAACGGAUGAAUAAUCGUUCUCGGGUAGAACUGAACUUGCAUACGUGUUUACAAAUGAUUUGAGCGAACUCGAGGACAAAGCUUUAAUAUUCCUUUUUUUCUGACAGGUCAGCAUCACCGUGUUUGAUGUGAAUGAUAGUCCUCCUGAGUUUCAAUCUGGUAGGCCAAAUCAUAAAUAAGUUCUUUGAAAUAUGGCAAAGAGGAAACGUUAUUGGGUGGUUUGCUUACACAAAAGCGAAAACUAGCAAGUUACUCAAAGUAACCAGUGAGAAUUAUUUAACUACCCCCAAUCCCCUAUUCGGACAAGAGUUUAGUCAGCAAUACGUCGCUUGUACCCAUUUAUACACUUGGUUGAAGAGGGACGAUGUGGUGCAAAGUUUAAUAUAUGUAUCCAUGUAAGGAAGAACAUGAAGAAAUAUUCCAUACGUUCUGCCUUGAAGAAUACUGUUACAAAUUUUGGUAGCAGUGAGUGUUUAACCCAGACUUAUUUAAAGGAGAACUAGUAAUUGAAGUACUAAACUGAAUACCGAAUCUUCGCUAUGUUUGAAUAGUAUUUAAUGGCCGAUUUAGUGGUUUGUUUGGCGUUGGGUGAGCAGUAUUCUAAGUUGACUUUAACACCAGUUCUGCUGAGAGGGGGUAACUUUUUAAUUUCCUAAAUGAUCAUAUAGAGGUUGGUCUUCUUGGUAAUGCAUAUUUUGUUGCUUCAAUUAGCUGUAUAUACUGUAAAUAUUCCUGAAGAUGCGUCCAUUGGCACUACUGUUCUAGUUCCUAUAAGCAACGACAGGGACUCCUCCAGUAAUAAAGAGCUUAGCUUCGCUAUUACUUCUAGAAACUACCAGGUAACUGUCUCCCAGGUAAUUAAUAUAACGAGCACUUUACUUAAGUUACGAUGCAAAUCAGAUCCAGUGAAAAAAGAUUCUGUUCCCAGUUCCUAGAACGCAGAUUAACGUUAACUUAGGACUUAAAGAUUUCAAUCCAGGAUUGAUUUUUUUACAGAUUGUUUGGGACUGUUAUUUUGGGCUAAUAUAACCAGGAUCAGCAAUAACUUUUCAAUCGAAUUUUUAGAUCAGAAAAUUUUAUUAAAAUUUCGGCUUAAUCCUCGGUUAAAGUUGACCAUCUUUCAAGAAACCCGGGCCUGAAUGUAUUCCCGUCCAAGCUAACUUGUUUAUUAGCAUUCUUGUUCUACACUUUUACUAGUGUAGUAUAUUUUUACAAAGUGUUGUCAAUGUUGAACAUUAGACCCAUUGACUACCUUGACCUGACAUAACAAUGUUUGAUUCUUGUGCUGGUUUCCAGACCCCUGCACAGUUUGCUGUUGACAGUUCGAGUGGUGUUAUAACUAGUUAUCAAAAGUUCGAUUACGAUGAAAGCCCCAAUGAAUACACACUGACGCUCACAGCCACAGAUAAAGGACACCCACCACUUACUGGGUAAAUAUCCUACCUGAUUAUCUCAAACAUCGUUCAAUUUUUUAUGACAAACUUUAUCAAAUUUUCUUUGUGUUGCACCUGCUGGCCUCACGAGCUCGUUCAAGUGUGUGAACGCAUGCAUUUAAUUACAGUUUCCGUUCACACUUAAACGAUGGAACGAUCACCGUAAACGGUCUCCAGUAUUGGAUAAGUUCGUAAACUGAUAUUAUAGUUCUCGUGUGGAGUCUCAUAAAUGCAUAUUUAUUUUGCGCGCCAUGUUUUUACAACCCAAUAGUAAACGAAUUCUUAUUAGACUGAGACUGGACAAAACGUCAAACGCUGAUCUGAUCUAGCCGUUGUUACGCUCAGUCUUUUAUCCAUGGCCGGAUCUCUACCACUCUUAAGCAUUUUGUUAUUCACUCGGAUAGAUAUCUAGCCGAUUUUUUCAGAAAACCAAUCUAUCGAAAUGUGCAGUCAGUUGAGUAAAAAGGCGUCAAAGGCAAGUUUUUUGGGGCUUCAUAAGCUCCAAAAUCACACUAACGAAGGAAAAAGAAAGGAGAAAAAGAAACAGCGAGGAGAAAGAAAGGAGGAGAAGAGAAAAAAGCAAUGACUGCACUAGUAGUUUUUAUAAUGGCUACAUUAGAGAUUGUUUUCGGCCGAAAAAAACCUGUUGGACACAAAAGGUCCAUUUGGCGGUAAAGUUUUCAAAAAUCCGGCUAUAAGAUUCUGCGAAAUGAGCAGCAUUGAUGCCAAAUGGCCUAAAACGCCAUUUGCCACUUUAAAAUGGCACACUUUGAAAGAUUGGCAGAAUUCUUUGGAAACUUCUAGCCGAUUUUUUGAAAACCAACCUAUCGAAUUUCCAGUCAUUUGAGUGAAAAGGCGUCCGAUAGGCAGGAAAGGAAAAAGAAAGGAGAAAAAGAAAGAGCGAGGAGAAAGAAAGGAGACAAAGGUGAAGAAGAGAAAAAAACAGUGGUUUCACUCUUAGUAUUAAUAACGGCUUCUUUGGCUGAAAAAAAUAGGAAAAACUGUUGGACCGAAAAGGUCCAUUUGGCGGUAACGUUUUCAAAAAUCGAAAGUGCCGCAUAUUAAUGAGUUUUGGCCAGUGAGAAGUUUCAAUCGACCAAUGCAUUGUUAAACUAUACGUCUUCUAUCUUCUGAUAUGGGUACCAUCUAGCCACAAGUGUUUCUCAGUUUUAGAAAGUUUUGUAUGUCUUGAUCUCUAAUUAUUAUUAUAUUAUAGGAAAUGUAUGUGUUUGUGUUACUUUCUUCGUUUGUCAAGUCCGUUAUUAUUAAACUUGAUGUCACUAAAUUUUAUGGCGACAUUUGCUCUACUGUUAACCUGUGGUAGGAAAAAAAGGGUCAUGCCUAUAGUAGCCUGAGUAUCAGGCGUUUCGGGGGGAAAAGGGGAAAGAUGCCAUCUAAGAUCUUCUCUUCCCCCCCUCCCCCCUUAGGAAGGCCUGAUACUCAGGCUAUGCCUUUAGCGUAGUUUAUAUGCAUGCACAUCAGGAUGCACAUAAAAUCCCACGGGACAAUGUUAUAUUGCUUUGCGGGUUUCUUCUUUUCAGAAAUACAACGGUUAUAGUGAAACUUGAAAAUGUUAACGAUAACACGCCUUCAUUCACCAAGGUUAAAUACGUGUUCACCGCAAAUGAGGUAGGUAGUACACUGUAUGUGGUAAUAUCUCAUAUCUCUUGCGUAUCUAAGGACACUGGUUUCCAUUUAAUUCCUUCAAGUAAUACUGAAAUUUAAAACUAUGUUGGCUUCUCAGUAGCAGUGAGAUUGUUUCUCUAUAAUUCAUUACAGGGGUCCUAUGUUGGCAGUGGCAAAGUUGUUGGUCAGGUGACUGCCACAGACAGUGAUAGCGAUGACAAAGAUUCAGUUUAUGGUCGUAUUAAGUAUGAAUUUGUCAACCAGUCGAGUGAGUAUGCAAAACCAUCAUUUUUCUUGUUAUGUGUUUAAAUUGUGGGGAUUUUUACCUACUCAGCUUAACACCUUUCUUACUGUGAGCGAUCAUUGCCCUUCAUCGUUUUGAACGACUAUGUGCAGUUACCACAGAGUCCCUGCAAAUUUUGUCCUUUGUCCUAGGCAGAUUAGGUAAUGGCAACGCAACAUUAGGGAUUAGCAAAUCACAGCGCCGACAGAACUCUGCGAAAAGAUUAGCUAUGAAAUGUAAACCCCAAGACCAGAUAACCCCAUCACUGCAAAAACUGCACUGGCUCCCUGUUGAAUAGCCUGUAAACGGAUGUUGUUUUAUUUUUCUUUUCGAUAAUCGGCGAGCGCUAGCGGUCAAUAAAUCCCCUCGGUUUAAUUUGUUCACGCGCGCGCUCGACGGACUUUUAGGAGAAAAUAGGGGGAAAAUGUAGGGUCUGUGAACAGGCUACCUGUUGAAACGACACAGAAUACUGUUUAAUUAAAAUCAUCAAUAGCUGCACUCCGGAAUAUCUUAGAGACUUGCUAGAAGCUUACAUCCCCAAGCGUUCCUUGAGUUCUACAACGCAAGGCUUUCUUAUUGUCCCCAAAUCCUUCACUUCUACCUACGGGGACCGAGUAUUUUCACUAGCUGCACCGAAAUUUUGGAAUAAUCUGCCAGCAAGUAUGAGAACAACGAGUUUAGAAGGAAAGUCAAGGCCUACCUGUUUCAGGAUGCAUUUUUAUAGCUUCUUUGACAGAACUUUACAUAUUUAGGAAAAAAGGUUUCUUUCGUUUUUCACCAUGAUUAAUUAUAUAUUUAUUGAUGUAGUUAAUAUUUUUAAUAUAUUGAUUGUAACUUUAGGCCAUGAUAGAGUUUUAUUUCUGUAAAUGCAUCGAGGCAAUGCAUAUGCAUUCCAAAUACUGUAGUUAUUAUUAUUAUUAUUAUUCAUUAUUAUUAUUAUUAUUAUUAUUAUUAUUAUUAUUAUUAUUAUUAUUAUUAUUACUAUUAUUAUUAUUACUAUUAUAUUAACAUCGUUGAUAAUGUGAACACGCGGUUGUCUUUACUAAAUCUACCUUUAUCACCGUACUGGUACAGCGGAAACAUUACUAUCGAUAUACCAAAGUGCUUACUAAAGAAAUAUCAAACUUCAGAACCUGUUUAAGCAAGAGAGGAUUAAGGCUUUAUCCUCUCUUGAUUUAGGCAAUUUGGGCAGUUUAUGCCUACAGUUUUAUAGGGGUACAGCUUCUUUCUUCUAUUUCGUUAGGUUUUUACCGCGAUCAUCAAUGGCCUCUUGAUAGCGAGGACAGUGGUAGAGUGUAUGACUAUCGAGGUGGAAUUCAAGGAACCCUCAAAAACGGUGCAUAUAUCUUCUCUGAUCCAGUUCUCGGCAACGUAGUGUCGCUCAAUAAGUCAGAAUCCUGGAUACUAAUGGGUAACUUUUCAGGUACU